GGCGCCCUGAGGUUCCCGCCCCCGCGCACCCUCCCCGCGGCAACAUGGCGUCGGCUCCUGAGGCAGAAGGAGCGGUCCUCCCUGCUGAUUUCUGAUCAAAUCUGUCCCUAAGAAAGGAACUAGCACAGAUUGCUUUUUUGUUCCAAAGCUGAGGAGCUGAUUGGCACCAUGAAGGUUUUCUUCGGGCGGACGAAUCCAACCACAGGAUCCAUGGAGUGGCUGGAGGAGGAUGAGCAGUAUGAUUACCACCAGGAGAUUGCCAGGUCCUGCUAUGCAGAUAUGCUGCAUGACAAAGACAGGAAUGUAAAGUAUUAUGAGGGUAUCCGGGCUGCUGUGAGGAGGGUGAAGGACAGAGGACAGAAGGCCUUGGUUCUUGACAUUGGCACUGGCACCGGACUCUUAUCAAUGAUGGCAGUCACAGCAGGUGCUGACUUCUGCUAUGCAAUUGAGGUUUUCAAGCCUAUGGCUGAUGCUGCUGUAAAGAUUGUGGAGGAGAACGGCUUCAGUGAUAAGAUUAAAGUUAUCAACAAGCAUUCCACUAAGGUGACUGUAGGACCAGAUGGUGACAUGCCAUGCCGUGCCAACAUCCUGGUCACAGAGCUGUUUGACACAGAACUGAUUGGGGAGGGAGCACUGCCCUCCUAUGAGCACGCACAUAGGCAUCUUGUGCAGGAAAAUUGUGAGGCAGUGCCUCACAGGGCAACUGUGUAUGCACAGCUGGUGGAAUCCAGAAGGAUGUGGUCAUGGAACAAGCUGUUUCCUGUCCGUGUUCAGACCAGCCUCGGAGAGAAGGUCAUCAUCCCUCCCUUAGAUAUGGAGAGGUGCCCUGGUGCACCUUCUGUCUAUGACAUCCAGCUGAACCAAGUGUCACCUGCUGACUUCACUCCCCUCAGCAGUGUGCUACCUAUGUUCAGUGUGGACUUCAGCAAGCAAGUUAGUAGCUCCGCAGCCUGCCAUAGCAGGCAGUUCGAACCUUUGGCAUCUGGUCAAGCUCAGGUGGUUCUCUCCUGGUGGGACAUUGAAAUGGAUCCUGAGGGGAAGAUCAAGUGUACCAUGGCCCCCUUCUGGGCACAUUCUGACCCAAAGGGACUCCAGUGGCGGGACCACUGGAUGCAGUGUGUGUAUUUUCUGCCACAAGAGGAGCCUGUUGUGCAAGGUGCAGCCAUCAGUCUGGUAGCCCACCAUGAUGACUACUGUGUAUGGUACACCCUACAGAGGACCUGCCCUGAAGAAAAUGAGACAGUCCAUCAAAUGCGACCUGUGUGUGACUGCCAGGCUCACCUGCUCUGGAACCGGCCUCGGUUUGGAGAGAUCAAUGAUCAGGGCAGAACUGAUCAGUAUGCCCAGGCCCUGAGGACUGCGCUGAUGCCAAACAGUGUCUGCCUCUGCAUCAGUGACGGCAGUCUGCUCUCCAUGUUGGCCCAUCACCUUGGAGCAAAGCAGGUAUUUACAGUUGAGAGUUCGGCAGUUUCCCAUAAGCUGAUGGAAAAAAUCUUCAAGGCUAACCACUUAGAAGAUAAAAUUAAUAUCAUUGGGAAACGGGCUGAGUUGCUGUCAUCCACAGACCUGGAGGGUAAGCAGGUCUCCCUCCUCCUGGGUGAGCCCUUCUUCACUACCAGCUUGCUGCCAUGGCACAACCUGUACUUCUGGUAUGUCCGGACCGCUGUGGACCAGUACCUGGGGCCUGGUGCUGUGGUGAUGCCCCAGGCUGCCUCACUGCAUGCCAUGGUCGUGGAGUUCAAGGACCUGUGGCGAAUCCGGAGCCCCUGUGGGGACUGUGAAGGCUUCAGUGUGCACAUCAUGGAUGACAUGAUUAAGUAUGCCCUGGAUUUCCGGGAGAGCAAGGAAGCGGAGCCACACCCACUGUGGGAGUACCCCUGCCGCAGCCUCUCCGAGCCCCGGCGGAUCCUGAGCUUUGAUUUUCAGCAGCUAGUUCCCCAACAGCCUUUGCGUGCUGAGGGCACCAUGGAGCUGAGGAGGCCAGGGAGGAGCCAUGGAGUUGUCCUGUGGAUGGAAUACCACCUGACGCCAGACAGCACAGUCAGCACCGGCCUCCUGAAGCCCACAGAGGACGAGGGGGACUGUUGCUGGAACCCCCACUGCAAGCAGGCUGUGUACUUCCUCAGCCCCACGCUGGAUCCCAAAAUGCUGCUGGGCAGUCCUCAGGCAGUAAGUUAUGCUGUGGAGUUUCAUCCCCGUACAGGAGCUGUCACCAUGGAGUUCAGACUUACAGAUCCCCCAAACUGACCCUCCCUUGUUGAGAAAUAAAGUAUUUAGAAUUUGUUGCUCUGAA